AUGAAGACAAGCGUCAUUACCCCCGUGCAGGGUGAUGAUGCUUGUCUUUUGGAGCAGUUUACCACCAAACAGAUGGCCACUGACAAUAAACCUCAUUGCCGGCAGAUCCAGGUCUGGUACCAGCAUGGGCUAAAUGGGAUCCCCUAUAGUGCUAUCGUUACUCAACCAAAAGGAAGAGUUUUACUGCUGGACAAUUGUAACUCUUCUGUUUUAGAUGCCAACAUUAAGUACCAUCUAACAUCAUCUGUCACCGUCCUGGUUGUACCAACGUUCUAUGCAAUCGUAUUCCUCUUGGGUCUUCCAGCUAAUGGAAUUGCUUUCUGGGUACUUCUUUUUAAAUCCAAAAAGAUGCCAUCCACCCUUCUGCUAAUUAAUCUGGCAGCCGCAGACUUGUUUUUUUUGUUGGCAUUGCCUUUUAAGAUUGUCUAUCACUUCCUGGGAAACAACUGGAUUUUUGGGGAAACUAUGUGUCAAUUAGUCACUGCGGUGUUCUAUGGAAAUAUGUACUGCUCUGUGUUCUUUCUCAUGGCCAUCAGCAUUGAUCGAUACUUUGCUUUGGUCCAUCCUUUUCUGGCCAGGAGCCUACGCGGUUGGAGAAGUUUUGCAUCUGUUGCUACUGGAAUCUGGUUGGUUGUUAUAGCCGGUGUCUCAAUAUUCUUCCUAGUUCCCCAAAUAAAAACAUUUACCGAUCCAAAUAUGACAACCUGCCAUGACGUAUGGGCAGUUUGCUAUGGUUAUGAGUGGUACACCACAUAUUUCCUUGUUCUUUUCAUUGUGGGAUAUGCCAUCCCUUUGAUUAUUAUUUUCAUAUGUUAUGUGUCAAUUUGGUUCACCUUGUCAAGGAAUAGGGGAUCUCACAGUCAGGUGAUGAGAUUGAUCAUUUUGGUGGUUUUCAUGUUCAUCAUCUGCUUCACCCCCAGUAAUAUUUUGCUUAUCUUUCAUUACUUGGAAACACAGUGGGAUUGUCACAACCAACUGUACAUCUGGUACAUGGUGGCAUUCUGUUUGACAUCAUUCAACAGUUGCAUCGAUCCAUUCAUAUACUAUUACAUGUCAGAGGACUGCCGGCAAAUGGUAAAAGAUACGCUUGGCUGGAGCAGUAGUGGAGACAAGGAGUCAGUAGAUUGCACGAAGAGAACUAAACUGACUUCAGAGAUGGGCAGAAUAAGUACUUAA